AUGGUGUACGGCGGGAAGCCAAGUACGGGGUGCCAUUUGUGUCGCAAACGGAAAAUCAAGUGCGAUGAAGGCCGUCCGGGGUGCCGAAACUGCGGCAUACACGGCAAGCCAUGCCCGGGCUACCGACCGGAUGGGAUCUUCCGGAAUGAAACGUACAAAGUGCAGCAACUCAUCCAUGGCAAGGCCAAUACCUGCUCUUCCUCGUCAAGUAAACAGCAGCCCAGCAACCAUGAUGUAUUAAGCGGCGGCAAGGAUCUGCAAGUGGCGACAUUGCCCGCUUAUCAUAUCAGCGAUUCCACAUGGGAAGAAAGAGCAAUCUGCUAUUUCUUCGAUCAAUUCACCAUCGUGGAAUGCAAUGCACUCGGCGGCAUGGGACAUCUGGGGUUCCUUCCGUCUUUGUAUGCUGACUGUCGAGAUCAGAAUCUGGGUAACCCCGCAUCAUUGUCUUUACGAUUAGCUGUCGAUGCAACGGCCCUGAUGGCCCUCAGCAAUAGGGUUAAUGUGCCCGGGGUUGUGACCCAGGCGAGACAUCGCUUUGGAUUGGCGCUGCGACGUCUGCAGGAGGCGUUGGAUGUACCGCUUGAGGCGGCGAAGGAUGAGACGUUUGCGACGUUGGUUAUUCUGUCUUUGUUUGAGGAUAUCUCGGGAGAUCGCCAUGGGCUUACUAGUGCGCAUACGGUGGGAUUCGAGGCGCUUACGAGACUGAGGGGGGAGAGUCAGCUGGGACAUGCGGCGGGUUUGGAUAUGUUCAAGUAUGCGUAUGUUCGUAUGCAAAUCGAGUUCCUUUUGCUAAAGGGGAAACCCAGUCUGGACUCUGAUCGACUAGUUGAGCGUCUCGACAGCGCAGAUCCGCUACAAUCCCUUAUGAUAAUUGCGUCCAAGGUCAGAAAGCUGAUUUCAGAGCCAACAUCUGUUUCGGAUUCCUUGCAAUCUGCGGGGAUCACGAAGCUAGCGUCAUGGAUCGACUCCUGCAGACGCUUGGAUUCAGAACUGUUCCAAUGGACCCAAACCUUAUCGGACAUCUGGCUACCCCUCGAGACCCGAUCACACACGGGUGAGGAUGUACUCACGUACCGAGAGAUGAUUGCUGCGGUUAUCUGGGCCCACUACCGUGUCCUUCGGAUCUUCAUCCACAGCGUCCUGGCUGAUCUCUUCCGAGCGCUAGUCUCUCUGGUUGAUUCCCCCGGUAUUCAGCAAGAAGCGUCUCAGCAUGAGGCAGAUGGCCUACGGCUAAGCCUCGAGAUGGUCUCCGAUUCUUGUCGGAGUGUACCAUUCUGCUUUGGGGAGAUUGAUAUGUUUGGAAACCCGAUGCCACCGUCUGAGCAGGGGAUGUCUCGGGUUCGAGCUUUCUACCUCUAUACUAUGCUGUGGCCUUUGUGGUAUAUUCUGUCGUGUGGACUGGCUACGCCCGAACAGACGCAGAUGAUCCGAGGCGUAAUGGCCCGGACGGGCUCGGAAGCUGGCAUCAAGCUGGCUACUAUGUUGGCGAGUUAUGAUGGGCGGGAUGUCAUGUCGAGCAUGCCACAAUUGUACUCUUUGGAACGGCCGGUGAGGGAGGUGUCCGUCAUGUAA